AUGUCAUUCCUGGGCUAUACAGCUAUGCUCUUAUGUUGGAUGUAUUGUACUGCAGAAAGAGCUUGUCAAGAACCUCCUCCUAGGAGGGUUAAAGAAGUGCCUACUGAAACGUGGAACAAACCUCCCUAUCCACAUGGUACUCAAGUAACAUACAGAUGUCGGCCUGGAUAUAUAAAACUUGGACGAAUCGUGUUUGAGUGUGCUGAUGGAGCAUGGAAACAACUCCCAGGGGCAGAAUGCAGAAAUAAGCCCUGUGGCCAUCCUGGAGAUAUGGAGUUUGGUACCUUUGAACUUACCAGUGGAAGUGAAUUUGUAUUUGGUGCCAGAGUUGAGUACAGAUGUAAUGAUGGAUACUGGAUGCUCAGCCAAAGAAACUACCGUGAGUGUCAGGCAGAUGGAUGGAGCAAUGACAUUCCUCACUGUGAAGUGGCAAAGUGUUUACCUGUAGAUGCACCAGAAAAUGGAAGAAUAAUUAGGACUGAUGCUUCUGAGCUAGGCCAAGAAUAUUCCUUUGGCCAGGUUAUCAAUUUUGAAUGUGAAGCAACGUACAAAAUGGUUGGAUCUAAAGAAAUAGUUUGCACUUCUAAUGGAAAAUGGAGUAGUGAUGUGCCUCAAUGCCAAGAUAUUAUCUGUGAAGUGCCAGAUAUUCUGCAUGGAUAUAUACAUUCUCCAAAGAGAUCUUACAAGGCAUUUGAACGACUACAGUUUGGCUGUGAUGAAGGAUACAGAUACGGUGAAAGAGCAGAUACACAAUGUACUGAAUCAGGAUGGAAUCCAGCCCCAUAUUGCACUGAAAUUUCAUGCUCUCCUCCAAGAAUUUCCAAUGGAAACUUUAUACCUCAACAAGACAGCUACAAAGUAGGUGCUACAAUCACAGUCCAGUGUAAUCCUGGAUAUCGUUAUAGAGCAUUAACUGGCAAAACCACAGCUGAAUGCACCAAGAAUGGCUGGGUGCCUGAUCCAGGAUGUAUCUACAAACCGUGUGACUACCCAGUUAUAGAAAAUGGCAGGAUAAGAGGCAAUCUGGAGUACUACAGUGAUGAUUACUUUCCAAUCCGUUUGAACCAGCGUGUUGUUUACACCUGUAUCAAUGGUUAUUUAUCCCCACAUGGCACCUACUGGGGUGAAAUGGUCUGUUCUGAAAGGGGCUGGUAUCCAGAGCCAAAAUGCCUCAAAAAAUGUCAUGUCGGAGAGCUGGAAAAUGGUCGUUUCGUAUACGACCGGAAUGUUUACAAGGAAGGUGACAGGAUUAGAUACGUCUGCAAUGAUGACCAUUAUAGUGAACAUGAAGAUGAGAAAGUCACAUGCACAAAGGAUGGCUGGUCACCUCCACCAAGAUGCAUCCGUAAAAAAAAAUGCCAGAAGUUAAAAAUUGACAACGGUUAUUUCACCUCUGGAAAGAACACAUUUCGUUUACAAGAAAGGGUCACCUAUAGUUGUCAUCCUGGCUUUGUAACUCCAGAAGGAAGAGACAGAGGAGAGAUACAGUGCCAACAAAAUGGCUGGACUCCACUUCCAAAGUGCAUCAAAUCAUGUAAAACACCUCAUCUGGACAUUUUGAAUUAUGAUGCAAAUAAAGCUGUAUUCGUGCCUGGAGACAGAAUUCAGUAUGCAUGUUCAGAGGGCUAUCAAACUGCAAAUAAUAUGCCAACUAGCACUACGGCAUGUGGCAUAAAUGGCGAAUGGAGUCCAACGCCCCUGUGUCUUGCAAUCCACUGUGAAAUGCUGACAUUGCCCAAUGGAGAUUUUUCUCCCAAGAAGGGUAAAUACCACAAUGGAGACGUUGUGCAAUUUACCUGUGCAAAGGACUAUGUAAGAGUGGGACCUGCUUCUGCUCAGUGCUAUUACUUUGGAUGGUUUCCAUCGCCACCAGUGUGUAAAGUGGACGCCAGAGACUGUGGACCUCCACCUGAGAUUAUCAAUGGAAGUAUUGCUGGUGGCUCUGUGGUACAGUAUCACCAUGGGAUCCGAAAACAGUAUGAAUGCAACGCUGAAUUUAAACUGGUUGGAUCAAAGGAAAUAGAAUGUGUUGACGGACAAUGGUCAUCUCCUCCCUCUUGCAUCGAAGACAAAAUGCCAUGUGGAUCACCUUCCUCUAUUCCAAAUGUUGUUCUUCAUCAACAAGACCAGACUCAGUUCUCACAUGGUGAUGAAGUAGUUUAUGGAUGUGAACAACGCUCUAGGAAUUCUAAGGAAAUGAAAACAAAAUGUCUUAAUGGGGAAUGGAAGCCUUUACCUCUUUGUGCUGAUCCAUCUCCUCAGUGUGUAACUCCAAUGGAUGUUGUGCUUGUGCCCAAGCGUCAGUCUGCCAAGGCACAAGAGGAAACUAGAUUCCAUGGGGUUAUACGUUAUAAAUGUGGAUCAGGUGAUAGAAGUAUUAAACAGGCAACUUGUGUGUCUGGAAAAUGGUCACCAGAGAUUGAAUGUACAGCUGAGAAGAGUAUGUGCCCACCUCCACCUCAGCUGCCUGGUGCUCAACAGAUAACAGUCGGAAGAAAUUACAAGAAUGGGAGCAAAAUAGCUUUUUCAUGUCUGGAGAGUUUCCAGCUCGUUGGUGUGAGUGAAAUAACAUGUAUAGAAGGGAAAUGGCAAUCACCACCUCACUGUGUGGAAAGGCCAUGUUUGCCACCAGAACCUCUAAAAUGUGCUGAUGUUCCCAAGCUGGAAACCCAAAACUUAGCAAUUAUAAAGGAAGGGAAAACAAUUUAUUUGCCUGGUGCAAGAUUAAACUAUGUUUCUCGUUCUGGAUACAUAUUACCUGGACCAUCACAGAUAACUUGUUCUAUGGGAAACUGGACUGCAGCUCCUACAUGCUUGGAAAGGCCAUGUGAAAGAUUUCCAAAAGUUACCCAUAGUCAAAUUGAAGGCAGAAACAAGGCAACUUAUGAGCCUGGUGAAACAAUUCGCUACCUGUGUGAAGAAGGGUACCUCAUUGUUGGUUCCGCUGAAAUUAUUUGCAGAGAAGGCAACUGGACAGAACCACCUUUCUGUGAAGAUGUUAGAUGCGGAGCUGCACCUGAAAUUCCCAGUGCUCGUAUUACAAGCCCUCAACAGGAGAGGUAUCUGCCUGGUGCCAUAGUGAAGUAUGAAUGUGAAAGCAAUUUUCAAAUGAUGGGUGGAAAUUAUGUCACCUGUACAAAUGGAGAAUGGUCACAGGCACCAAUUUGCAGAGAUGUGACAUGUGAUCCUCCACCAGAAAUUGCUGGUGGUAACAUCCAAGGUGUUAAAAAGUCAAGAUACUUGCCUGGAGAGAGUGCUCGCUAUCAGUGCUGGCAAGGUUUUGAGAUGACUGGGGCUUCCUCCAUAACAUGUCAGAAUGGGAACUGGACAGAGCAGCCAAAGUGCAAAG